CUUUCUCACUCUCGCUCUCAUCUCUCUAUUUUCUCCAUGUCCACUCUUCCAUCAGCACUUGACCCAAUCGAGAUGGCAGACAUAUUGCGCACUGAGGGCCUUGCCAGCAGAGUACUCCGUACCAUCGUGCUACCUGGUCCUAGCACGCCUUGACUACCUGACGAGAUGCCCGGUAGAACAAUCCCGCCGAUGACCCUUCAUUUGUCGACUGGAGAGUUCCGCAGACAGAUUUACAAUAAGCGCGUUCGAUCAUGAUGUGCACCUGUCCGGAGUCUAAGUGUCACAGACACUUGGCGAGUAUGCAACCGUCCAUGUUGCAUCCUAUACCUCGUACCCAAAUACAGUACCUCAGAUUCACAAAAACCCUCUACUCUCAACAGCUCAGACCAGAUGGAGGCCAAACCACCGGUCGAGCAGGCUGAGCAGAUCUUAACUUAGGACGGAUCUUGGUCGAAGAAUAGGUUGGCCAUCCACCCAAUGUGCACAAGCCCGUCAGCACAGCAAUUUACACGUUGCUCCCUUUCCCUCAGCCCCCAGAUCGAACCAAAAUCUUAGCUUCAUGCCUAAGCAUCGUUACGGCCCCCGGUUCGGUGACCUUGGUCGUUGCUUAAACGAUAUUCUAACUUCGACGGUGAGUUCUACGUGGUACGAACACACAAGCUACGCUCUUUCAGAAAAGCAAACGAGAUCUUACAUACUCCGUACAGAUACACCUAAUCAAGCUCCGCUUGCCCACGUUAUUACUCAACUACAACCCUUCUUAUUACUCUCCUUCCACUUCUAUCACAAACCAAAGCAACAGCUUUUUCGUUUUUGUUGAAUACACAUUCACUCAGUUGCAUACCAUACCAUAUAAUCACGAUGCAUUUCAACAAGGCUCUCGCCGUGGUUGGCUCCCUUGCUCUUGCGUCGCUCGUCUCCGCAGUUCCAGUCGAGAAGCGAGGUUCUGUCUUCUACGGAGACAGAACCCAGCACCUCAAAGAUUACCAGGCGAACCAAGGCAAUGCCGGCCCAUCAUCAUCUGGUGGUUCCUGGGCGCCCAGUUCAACCGGCGGUGCUCCUCCAGCUCCUCCCCAGCAGACCUCUGGGACACCUCCACCACCAGCGACACCUUCGAGUCAAGGGUCAAAUCCAUUCAAGUUCCCUCUUCAGAAUGGCUUCCCAAACAUCCAGAACCCCUCAGCAGCUUUGACGCAGAUUGAGCAACAAGCCCACGGUCUCCUCCCCAAUGGCCCUCCUCCUCCAUCUGCCCCCGCAGCCGAUGAUCUCACCUCUCUGAGGUUGAUCGCCUUCAACGAAAUCUUCGAGGUGGCCUACUUCACGGAGCUUCUAUCCAAUGUCACCAAUAACGUUGUCGGUUACCAGUUCCAAGAUGCGAACCUUCGAGAGACCAUCAUCGAAGCACUCACGGCCAUCGUCGCACAGGAAGAGCUUCACGCGCUGAACGCCAACGGUGCUCUCGCUCACUUCAACGCCGGCCCGAUCCAACCUUGCUUGUACAAUGCGCCCGUGGACAACUUCCAAGACGCUAUCGCACUGGCGUCCACCUUCACCGAUGUUGUUCUCGGAACCCUGGGUGACGUGCAGGUCCACUUUGGCCAGAACGGCGACGCUGGUCUGAUUCGCGGUGUCGCCGCCGUCAUCGGCCAGGAAGGAGAGCAGAACGGCUUCUACCGUGAAAUCCUCGGCGAACUCCCCAGCCAGGCACCUUUCCUGACUGCCUCCGCGCGAGAAUUCGCCUUUUCCGCCCUCAACCAGAACUUUGUCGUCCCGGGCUCCUGCCCCAACUCCAACACCAUCGCCUUGCCGAUCUUUGGCGCCCUGACCCUCGAGACUCCCAAGGUGCAAGCUCAGGACCAGCAGUUGCAAUUCUCCUUCCAGGCGACCGGCCAGUACAGCCAGUACGCGAGCGGUCAAGGAUUGAGCUUGGUCUACAUCAACCAGCAGAACGUGCCUGUCGUCGUGCCUAUCCAGGGAGCCCAGAACGACGGUGGCAAGGUGACAUUCUCGGCCAACUUCCCGUUCUCGGAGAACUUGAUGUUCGGUUUGACGAUUGCGGCCGUCACUUCCAACGCCGGUCCGUUCGCCGACGUCGAUGCUGUGGCAAAGGCCGCGUUGUUCGGUCCUGCUUUGAUUGAAGUUCAGUAGAGAAGAAAACAGUCCAUGAUUUUAAUGUGUGCAUGGUUCAUCGGAGUUCUAUCGAGUCAUUCAAGAAAAAAUAGUCUAGUAAAUUGAUAGUUAAUCCAAAGAAAUUUC